AUGCCCUCCGUGAGGAGAGAGCCAGCCACCCGCAACAGGGUAAUAAGUCUGGCAAGUCUUCUACCACCCCCGACCGGGGGGGCAAGUACCAGCCAGCAGGCCACCAAAACCGGUCCCCUCUCCUCCAAUCCCAACUACGUCUUGGAGGAAGAAUGCAACCGCCGCCGCGCAGAAGGUCUCUGUGUCAAAUGCAGCAAAUCAGGGCAUAAAUUUGCCAAAUGCAGGACUGGAUGGAAGGCUACCCCAAAAGAGGAUAAGGGGAAGGCCAAGGAAACCGCCAAAACUGGCAAGGACUCUGAGUACCAAUUGGGAAAUGAGUAA